AUGGAUGGUCUGGAGGCUCAGCCCAAGAACCUAGAGUCGUUGGUUAACAUCCCGUUUCCUAGCACGCUACGAGCUAUGCAAUCCUUUCUCGGGAGCUUGAACUACUACCGUCGCUUCAUUGAGGAUUUCGCGGUGUAUGCCGCGGUGUUGUAUGAGUUAAGAGAAUCGGAUUUCUUCGAGAUCGGCCGAUCUCAGCUUGCAGCAGGAGACGAAUGCUCCAACGAGGGUCGAUGGACGGAAGCCAAGGUUGCUUUCACUAUGCUAAAAGCUAAGAUAGCUACAGCUCCCAUGCUCAAGCAUUUCGACCCAGAUCGGUCCCCCGUAAUCGUGGUCUACGCUAGCAAGUGGGCUGUCUCAGCGGCCCUGAUACAGGAGUACGAUGGCGUUUAUCAUCCGGUUACGUUUACUAGCCGCACUUUAAAGCCUAAUGAGCUUAACUACGGAACGGUAGAAAAAGAAGUGCUGGCGCUACUUCGUGUGUUGGAUGUAUGCUAUACUACGCUUGCCUCGCGGGAGAUCACUGUACUGACCCGACAUUCUACGUUAGCCUGGUUGAUGCAGUCUCGAGGGCUCAACGGGAGAUUAGGACGGUGGGCUGCUUUGUUGUCAAAUUGGACUAUGGAGGUGAAGAAAUGUGAAAGAGGAGAGGAAGAGAUCCUGGGCAUGUUAGCAGCGAGUAUCACUCCGAGAGGAGAAGUGGAAGAGAUGCUGAUUGCGAUCUCCCCACGAAAAGACUGUCGACUCAAAAUAUCGAUGCCUCCUCCAACGGUGGAAACAGAUGAGGAGUUGCUGGUGGCCAGUUUCGAUGGAUCGGCUAGGAUAAAAAAGAAAGGAGGGUCGUUCAGUGCCGUGAUAUGGAAGUUACCCGAAUGGACGAUCGUGGCGGCCGAAUCGAGAUAUGUUCACGAUCUGACUGUGAAUGAAGCUGAGUAUAAUGGCUUGCUACUGUGCUUUGAGUUACUCGCCGAUCUGGAUAGGGGGCGAGUAAUACUGUGUGGAGAUUCCAGUCUGGUGAUUCGACAGAUGCGCGGUGAGAUCGACUGCAAGGCACCGGGCCUUCAGCUUCUGAGACACAAAGCGUUGGAGAAGCUGCGGUCAUGGCCUAGUCACGAGUUUCUGCAUAUGAAGCGAGAGUGGAAUCAGAGCGCAGAUCGACUAGCCAGCACAGCAUUGCAGAGCGAAAAGGGAAGAACGGUUGUAGCUGAAGAGGAUCGGCAAGAUCUGAUGACUCUGAACCGUCUCGAUGAAUUGUUGAAGCCCAAGCAAGAUGGUCAGCUAGCUCGGGUAACUGCGAUCGCGAGAUCAGCCAGGAGGAUACGUCAUGAACCUGAAGUGAUACAGGAGGAGAUAGUACAGAGGAUCAGGAUUCAACGAAUUGUCCAAGCUCAAGAUGAAGAGCGUUGGAUUGUCAAUCUCAAGACAUAUCUAAGUGGCGAUGUAUCAAACUUGGAUGCGGUAGAAGUGAAGAUGUGCGCCAAACUGGCGCCGGAAUACGAGAUCGAUGAGAACAAUCUGCUAUUUUUUUGCCCCAUGGCGAAAAGAGAGUCGGAAGAUCGCGAUGGUUUGAUGCGGUUGGUGAUCCCUGAGACGUUGCAGCAGGAUUUUUUGCAUCACUAUCACACGAGUCUGGAAGGAGGCCAUCAGGGUAUUGGCCGAACCUAUCAGAGGAUCAGAUCGCGAUUUCAUUGGAGAGGACUGUAUCGGAGCGUUCAACGAUAUGUGGGCGAAUGUACCGACUGUGAGACCGGGAAAGGAAACCCGAUGAUUCAUGGGAAAUCCCCGGGCAAUCUACACGCAACCUAUCCAUUCCAGAUCAUCGCCAUGGAUCAUAUACCGUCGUUGCCCAAGUCCAUCAAGGGGAACACCGAACUGCUCAUUUGGGUCGACCUUUCUCGGGGGAUAUGUGAUUGCAAAGGCUAG